AACGUUUCUCUAGUUUUUCUCCAGAAUAUUUUCUAAAUUGGUGCAGAGUGUAAUUUUAGUAAUGCUGUAUAAACUGAAAUAUUACUUAAUAUAUUAAAUCUAAUUGCACCAAAAUAACUGCAAUAUUCUUCAAUGUAUGUAUUUAAUCGAUUUUUAAAUAAAUACGGUUGUAAAAAGUAAAUCGGCUGAAUUUUGUGAAAUAAAACGUCGACCAAAUAAGUUAGCACUUGGCUUGUCUGUCGUGUGAAGGACGAACCAAAUCCGAGACAAAAGAACGACAGUAAUUGGCAGACUUCAGCAAAUAUAAUUUUGCUGAUUACAUUCAUCUGAUAAUUUACCAGAUUUUGCAUUAUGUCUGGCAGUGAAGACGGACAAUUACAAAGUCCUGGCAAUGAUAAUUUUGGAUUAAGGCCAAAAAGUGUGUACAUGUCCAAAGAACGAUGCGCGCGAUGGCCACCAUCUAUUCACAUUAAAUCAAAAAACAAUAAUAUAAAAUAUAAACAAAAAUGUUAAAAUAAAUUACACCCAAAAUACCUAAAAAAAAAUCAUAAAAAAGUUAACAUGAACUCUGAAUUUCGCGUAUAUUGGUGCAAAAAUAAUUGAAAAAGUUUGAUGCACAUUAGUCGAAAUGAAAUGUGAAAUGUUUGCAUAGCAGCUUGAUAUACAUAUACCCUACGCGUUACGUCGUAUUUCCUCCAGACAGCGAUGGUGCGCGCGCAUGAUGGUCGGUAAUGCAAUAAGGCUCAAAAGAUGAUUUUGAAACGACUGUAACAGGAAGAAAGUCCACUUUAUCACAUUCCUAUUGCCUGUUAAGCCGGGAGUUUGGCGAGAAUAAAUAAAUAUAUAUACACAUAUGUAUAAUUAUCAACAAUGUAUCAUACUGUGUUUAGCCAGCUGACCGCCUGCUUGUAAUACGCAAAUGCUGAAAAGCCCACUAGUUGAGUGGAGUGCAUUCUACUAGCUAUAUUGUUGACGUCUAUGCAGGUGGGUGUGACAGACGAAUAGGCAGAUAUUACUAUUGUUACUCUGGCUACGAGUCGUACAACUCUUCUCACUUUGCGCUACCGCACUGCACACCAAAAAUAUGUAGAGUACGACAAAUUUGAGCUGGACAACAGACUUGUUGGUUUGGUAUAAGCUGCUGAUGUCGAUUUACUUUUGGUAUGCCUUGGACACAUUGCUUGACUGAGUUGUUUAAUGGGCUUCGCAAGGUAAAAAAAAAGAAUUCAAGGAUAGAUGACGUGCUUGUCGGUGACGAAGAUGCGGAUUCCUUGGACAUUAAACCACCACAAGCGAACGUGCUGCACUCGCGCGACUCCACAGGCUCGCGACGCAAAGAUAAGUCGUCCAAAGAGAAAAAACAUUCCAAAGAUAAGAAACAUCGCGGCGAGCGCGAACGAGGAAGUGGCCGUGAACGCGGCGAAAGGGAACGCGAUCCACGCGAUUACGACACACGGGAACCACAUGGUCGAGAGCGUGACAUGCGCAACGACCGCGGUGGAGGUCCACGUCCAGGCGAUAUGGAGCGAGGUCGCGACCACCGGCGUGGCGGCGAGGAGCGCGAGGAGAUGUUGCGUUAUCACCAACGCGGUAGCAGCGGUUAUGAGCGCGAUGACGUUAUUAGCAGAGAUAUGAUGUCGAACAGCGAGCGCCGUUAUGCAAAGCAAUAUGAACCACACAACAAUGAGGUGCGACGAAAUAGUGGUGGAGGCGGCGGUGGCGCUGUUUAUCAUCAACAAUAUCAGCACUCACAUAUGCAGCGACAAAGACCGGAUUACUAUGAACGCGGUUCAGGUGGCGGCGGGUACCAUCAUGGCGGUCUGGAUUAUUAUAACAAUCGCCACCAACAGCAACAACCAUACGGUGGCGGUGGCAAGCAUACACAUGUUGAGUACAAUGAUGUCAACUAUGAGGUGCAACGUGAGCGACGCAAAUAUAACUACGAAGCGCAGAACGAGUCGGAAAGCAUUGAACAGGAUUUGCGUUCACGGCUGCUUAGUAAAAGGCAUAAAUAUGUAAAAGGCAGUGGCGGCGAUAUGAUCGAGCUAACGGAAAGUUAUGAGACAACAACAACAGUGCAGCGACAACGGUACAGUGAUGGUGAACGUAAUGAACGUUAUCGGCAGAAACGCGAAAAGAUUAGAGAAUCCGUAAUUGAGGUGCUGGACAGUCCGGAGGUGGCUGAAGUGGAGGGUGCAGCUGUAGAAGAAGGUGAAGCGCACCGCCAACGCCGCAAACAUAAACGGCGCAACAAAGAGCGGGAAAUCGUGCAAGUGGAGACGGUUGUGUCGACGGAAUGCGUUGAGCGCACAGAAAAGCGCAAAACUCCUGAUGAUCCGGAGGUAUUGUCACGACGGGAAAAAAUACUAGCUGUGGAACGUGAGAAAGAAAAACGCAAAGAAAAAGCACGUGAGGAAUUGGAAGCACGACGUCGUGCAAGAAAUGCGCUUAGUCCAAGCGCUGUGGCAGCGUCCGUUACUGCUGGACUCAACGUCAUGAAACGUAAGAAACAGGAUGAGCUGGCCGAGGUGGUAGUAAAAGUUAAACGAUCAAAGAAAACUACAGCUUCAAAGCAUCGUAGUGACGAAGAGGAAGAGGGCGAGGCAUUGGACAGUGAUGACGAAGACGAUGAGGCGGACGAGGAUGAUAGCGAGGAUAUGGAAACGGACAGUGGCAGUGGUGAUAGUGAAAGUGACAGCGAAAGCCAUUCUGAGGUGGAAGCGGCUGAGGGGCGGCACGAAAAACGACACCGCAAACAUAGCAAAACAGAGAAGAGGAAAAAGAGUAAAAGGCAUCAUAACCAUCGGAUGCGUAAGAAUGGUGUUGACAAUGACGAUAACACUGACGACGACGACGAUGAUGAGGAAGAUGAAGAUGACCUAGAUCUACCCGAAAGUCCACUUUCUAUAGGUGAGCUUUCGAAAUCGCCACGUCGUCAACAUCGCACAAAAAAGCACAAGAAGAAAAAAUCCAAAAAGCACAUAGAAAACGAUGAUGAAGAUGGCGAUCAACGUUUAUCACGUUCGCGCUCUCAUUCCGCCCAUUCAAUCUCCCACUCACGUUCAGUUUCACGCUCUCGUUCACACUCACCUCGCAGAAAGAGCAUACAUUCACGUUCGCGUUCGCAUUCAGGUUCACGUGAGUCUUCACGACACCGCACAACACAUUCACGAUCACGUUCUCGUACUCGUUCUUGUUCAGAUUCGCAUUUCGAUUCACGGUCAGUGUCCUCACGCUCGCGCUCACCUUCCCAUUCAUCAGGUUCGCGCUCGCGUUCAAAGUCACGAACACGUUCACGCUCACGUUCAGAAGAGCGCGAUAUGAAGUCAGCGCAUAAAUCGGAGGCAGAAGCUACAGCUGGUAACAAGCGUCGUGUAGAAGGUGGUAGCCGAGACGACUCGCCAGCACGCGAUGAUAAAGGUGCACCACUGCCAGACUAUUUUCCAGGCAUACAGGGUUGUCGCUCUGUCGAAGAAUUCCAAUGUCUGAAUCGCAUUGAGGAGGGCACAUACGGUGUGGUAUACCGCGCUAAGGAUAAACGUACCAACGAGAUAGUUGCUUUAAAACGCUUAAAAAUGGAGAAGGAAAAAGAAGGUUUUCCCAUAACAUCUUUACGCGAAAUCAAUACUUUACUAAAAGGUCAGCAUCCAAACAUAGUGACGGUUCGCGAAAUAGUUGUUGGCUCCAAUAUGGAUAAGAUUUUCAUUGUUAUGGAUUAUGUGGAACACGACCUGAAAUCGUUGAUGGAGACGAUGAAGGCGCGUAAGCAAUUCUUCCUUCCCGGCGAAGUCAAAUGUCUGGCGCAGCAAUUAUUACGAGCGGUUGGCCAUUUACAUGAUAAUUGGAUAUUACAUCGCGAUUUAAAGACCUCUAAUUUAUUGCUCUCGCACAAGGGUGUGCUGAAAGUAGGCGAUUUCGGUUUGGCUCGAGAAUAUGGUUCACCAUUGAAAAAUUACACCUCACUGGUUGUUACCCUAUGGUAUCGAGCACCAGAGCUAUUGCUCGGCACACUGGAAUAUUCAACUCCCAUCGACGUCUGGUCGGUGGGUUGCAUUUUUGGCGAAUUCCUACAAAUGGGACCACUAUUUCCCGGCAAAACGGAGACAGAUGAGCUAAACAAAAUUUUCAAGGAACUUGGCACACCAAACGAACGAAUUUGGCCCGGUUAUAAAGAUUUGCCAAUUGUUAAGAAUAUGUUAAGCCAGAAUUCACAAUUCGCCGACUAUCCUGUUUCAAAUUUACGUAGGCGUUUCGCCGACAAAACCACCGACUUAGGCAUUGACUUGCUACAGGGUCUUCUCACCUAUGAUCCAAAGAAAAGACUGACCGCUGAAGCGGCGCUUAAACACAGCUACUUCAAUGAGCUGCCUCUGCCCAUCGAUCCAUCUAUGUUUCCUACAUGGCCGGCGAAAAGUGAAUUGGGAGCGCGCAAAGCGCUCGCCUCCUCGCCCAAACCACCCUCUGGCGGUUCGCAGUUUAAACAAUUGGGUCGAGACGAAAUAAUUGUGGGCAGUAGUGGCGGAAGCAAUGCGGCCGGUGUUGCCAAUAGCAAUAGUAAAGUUAUAUCUGGCAUUAUAACAGGUAAUAAGAAAACUGCUGCGAAUACUGGUUUUGUGCUAAAUGCAGGCAUUGAUCAGCGUCAACUGGCCAUGGGUCCGGGAUUCAAUUUAAAAUUUUAAUAAACACUUUGCCACGCACUAUUUGUUAACUGAUAUUUGAGUGUGAAUGUGUUUAACAGUACUAUUGCUUUUACAAUAUAUAUUAGUCAUUAAUUAACCGUUCUAGUUAAUUACGUGCAUAAGAUCCAGAUUUGUCAUUUUUCGUUAAAUACAAUUCUUAUAAAUAAACUUAUAUGUAUGUAUAGCUCGUAAGCUACAGUCCAGAAAAAUUGUUAAAACCGUCACUUAAAUCAUUUGAAUAUACAAUUAUCACUAAAGAAGUUCAACCAAACGAUUUUACCAACAAAACAAAGAUAAUUCUUGAGAGCUUAAUACAAAACACUGGUAAUUUCAGAAACUGUGAAACUGUUAAUAAUAACAUCUAAAUAAUUUAGAUAAAAAUUUAUCAUUGAAAUUGUACAAAUUACAUACAUGCAUUAUAGUUGGCGGCAGGUUUAUACCUAAAGGCUUACACGAGGCAGAUCAAGUCAGGCAAACAUAAUAAUCAUUAAAAAAUAGAACAAUAGUUGGAUAGAUAUAAGCAUUUUUUGAGUAAUAUAACAAUGUUCUAGAUGUAAUAAAUACUUAACUGCAGAAGACCGAAUGUAAAAAUGAAUGUUUAUAAGAAUGGAAAGAAGCCUAUGCUGCGAAAAA